AUGAGUUAUUCAGAAAUCUAUGACAAAUUCGACCUUGUAAAUUCACACAUGAGAACAGGGUCAAAUAAAGUCACAAGUCUUUGCUAUUUUUUUAAAAAUUACAGGAAAGCGAUAGAUUCUUAUGCUUCGCAGGUUCAAAAAUUGACGGAAAACCUUAUUCUUGAUUUGCGUGGGGACGAAAACAUGGACACUCUGUCAACGGGUCUUUCUUCGUUUACUCAGCAUUUUCAGAAGCUUUGUCAACAGGAGAUGCUGUUUUCCCGGAAUAUUCAAUUAGAAAUUAUUGAGCCGCUUGAGCUUUUCGUCAACCAAUUCAAUACUAUUCCUAUUAAUAAGUAUUUUGCAAGUAGUAUUUAUAAGUAAUUUUAAAAAAAUCAUUGAUUUCUGGAAUUCUCAUUAAAUGCCCCUCUAUUAGUAAUUUAACUCAUAAAUCAUACAAACUCAUCUCUAUCAAAUCAAGGCAUGUCUUCAAAUAAUCUGCUAUCAAAAUCAAAAGAAAAAUUAGAUAAACUGAAAGAAAAGCAUUUGAAAUGUGCUGAAACUGCUGAAAAAGCUGAAGCACUAACUCCCCCCCCUCCGUGAGUGAACAAAAUCAUUAGAAAAAUCGCUAUUUUUUGCCCAAAAACCCACCCUCCGUGAGUGAACAAAAAUUUUUUUAAUACAAAAAUUUUUUAUGGAAAAAAAAAUUUUGAUGUAUAAAUGAUAAUUAGUAUAAUGAAAUCUAGAGCUAAUUCUGUUUAAUUUUAAACGAAUUGCUUUUUUAAAACAUAAAUUUUAUAAAUUAAAUUAAUGUUUGCUUUCCAAUUUUUGUGAUUCGGAUUUUUUUAAAUUUCGAAAAAAAAAUAUUUUUUAUAAAAUUUAUAUAUAAAUUUUUUUUAAAAAAAAAAAAUUAACCCCCCUCCGUGAGUGAACAAAAUUUUUUUGUUCACUCACGGAGGGGGGGAGUAAGUAUGAAAGAGGAGGUGAAGGAAAAGCAAGAAAAGGCUUUUAAGCAAGCUAAUUAUUACAAUGGAGUUGCCCACAAAGUAACAGAAUCAUAUGAGAAAUCAGUCAUUGAAAUGAAUGAGUGUUUAGAUGAAUAUGAAAAUGUUAUGCCUUCCAUUAUGGAAGCUUUGCAGCAAAGCGAAGAAAGCAGAAUCAUUUUUGUAAAAUCCACGCUUGAGAGGUAUUCAAAACAGUAUGCAAAAUAUGAGAAUGGGGUAUGGGAAACAAUUGAAGAGCUCAAUGCUGUGGUUGGGAAUAUUAAUAGUGAAAUGGAUAUAAGAGUUUUCGUAGAAGCAAAUAGAUCUAAAGACGAGAUUAUGCUGUAACAAUUGAUUAGGCAUUCUUUGGGAUUGAUCCAAAAAUAACAAAUUAAUUCUAUACAAAAAAAAUAGAAAAUAAUUUCACUAGCGACAUAAACGGUAUAACGCAAGCCAAUCUAAAUUGAUAUAACAAAAGAGAGGAAUUUUUAUCUUAUGAAGCUUGGAAAAAAAUUAACCAAAAUACGGACAUAAAUAAGCCUGAAUAUCAGCUAGCCAUAGACGAAACUGAUCAAAUUCAAGACAAUGAACUCGUCAAAAUUGUCCUCAGCCAUCUAAUCCCUCAGAAUUCUCGAGAAUCUCCAGCAAGGUCCUCUCUUUCUGAGGACUCCAAUAUUGACUCAAACUAUUAUGUAAAGCUGUCUGAGCUUUUACACACUUGCAAUGGAAGAGAUCUUUUUUGCGAUAUGCUUGACAGUUGGAAAUCAAAUGGCUUCCUCCAAUCCCGAAAAAUAACUCAGCUUGCAGCACUAAUUAAAAGUAUGCUGACUUCUAUGAUGACUGACGAUGAUGAAGAUCCAAUCACUUUUUGGAAAAUCGUAGUCCUUUCUCACGAGUAUUAUACUGAAGACUCUGGUAAGAAGCGCAAAUAUUUAUCACAAUUUAUUAAUUCCCAUACCAUUUGGAACGAAGCUAGUCGAUGGAUUCAAGCAAUUGGCUGUGCGAUUCAAACAAAACUUGAAGCUGACAAAGCAUCACUCGAAAAGUCAAGAAAAAGGAAAAGGAAAGGGCUUUUUAACUCUCUGAAAAAGCUGGCCAAUAAUGCACUAAAAAAAGAUGUUCCAGAAGAGCGAGCCAUAAAAUCAGCAGCAUUUAUGAUUAUCAGCCAGUUUAAUUAUCACAUGAUUCAUAUGGGAUUGCCUCAUGAUCUUGCCAAUGCAGUGAUAUUGAAUGUAUCAAAAAAAGUUAAUUUAGACUCAGAAAGAACUUGCAUGCUGCUUGCUGAAGUCCAAGGAACACAGCAUAACGGAUAUCAUGGAGAGUCAAAAUCUAUUGCUUCUCUUACUGCAAGAAAUAAAGAUAUGGUUCGAUAUGGAAAUCUAUUACCUAUUGGAUUAGCAAUCGCAUUUUUAGCACCAAAGGACUGCUAUUCUUUGCUUUUUGUAUGCAAAAGUUGGAAGGAAAUUAUUUAUCAUAAAAUUUUAAAGAAAUGACUAGUAGAAUGAACUGUUGACGAAGAUAGAAAAAAUAGACUAAGGACCCGAGCUUGGAUAGAGCUAUUGAAAGAAACUUUUCCUUAUAUAAACUACUAUGAGUAUUUAUAUAGAGUAAAAUCUGAUCUCUCGUUUUUAGGAGAGCUUGAUGAUAUUAUCAAUAUGGAUGUAUCAAGAUCGUAUCAGCAUCAUCCACAAAUUUCUGACCAAGUUUUAAAAAACAUUCUAAAAACCUAUGCUCUUUAUAAUCCUGAAAUAGGAUAUUGCCAAGGUAUGAAUUAUAUUGCUGGGACUUUAUAUGCAUUUUUGGUUGAGAAAAACUUAUUAGAGAUGAUAAUAAAAAGAAAUAAAUUACUCAUUAAAAAGGUAUACUUACAAGUUCAAAAUGAAGAAAUUGCUUUUAAAUGCCUUGUAUCCAUGAUUGAGAGGUUUGAAAUGAGUGAAUUAUUUAUACAUUCUUUACCUAAGCUAAAACAAUUUUUCUAUCAAUUAGAUAGAUUGGUAGGUAUUUUACUGCCAGAAGUAAACGAGGCUUUUAAAGAAGUUGGAUUAUCAUCAGCCCAUUUUAGUGCUCCUUGAUUUAUUACCAUCUUUUCAAGUAUUUUGCAAGAGAGGGCAAAUAUUUUGUUCCCGCUUUGGGAUUUAUUUUUGCUAGAAGGAUGAAAAAUUGUUUUUAAAACUGCUAUUACCAUUUUAGAUGCAGUUUCUGGUGAUAUUUAUGGAGCCAGAUUUGAGGAUAUUAUGUUUAGACUAACCAAUGUUCAAGUUUCAAGCAGCUUCAAAGAAGUGUUUAAUGAAGACUUUAUAUCAAAAAUUCGCGAUGUAAAUAUUUCCAAUAGGCUUCUCAGAGACUUGGAGUCAGAGUAUGAAAACUUAAAAUUGAGAGCGCAUAGUAAGGAAAUGCAAAAUUAA